UUUCCCUGGGCGCCGGCCUCCCCGGGCCGUUCUGGGGUGGCCCGCGGCGGCGGGAGCCCUGGCUGGCAGCGCAGGUGAGCCUCGCGGCCGUUCUCCCUCUCGCCGACUCGGACUCGAGAGGUUGGCUACAAUGAGCGCACUGCAGUUAAAGGAAACCAAGGUGCCAAGCGUGCAGUUUGUGGGAGAUGAUGAUGUUCUUAGUCACAUUCUGGAUAGAGAAGGAGGAACUAAAUUAAAGAAGGAGAAAGCUCAGCUUUUGGUCAAUCCCCAGAAAGUAAUAAAGAAGGCAGACAGUGAGUUGGAGAAAAAUGACGUGGAAGUUUUAGAGGAUCAGAACUACGUGGAAGUCUUGGGAAGAAAUAUUCAAGAAUCCUUGGGAAACGGCUCUGCUGAAGAUGGUAGGAAUAAAGUUUAUUCUUUUCAACACAGAAAACACCCUGAAGAGAUGACUAAAUUGGCUUUAGAACUAGCAAAAUCUUCAGGAAAAAAGGAUCCACUUGACUCAAAUGAUCCUGAAAUCACAAAAAAAAUUGCUCUAAAAAGCAAAGGGCAUUCUACUUCAGAGAAAGCUCCCCUGGUGAACAAUAACAAAACUGAAUUUCUGUCAACACAACCUCAUAAUUUAAGGAAAAGAAUAAUAGCGUCAAGGUCUCAUUGUGACAGUGAGAGUGAGUAUUCUGAUUCCAGCUCAGAGGACGAUGAAGAGGCUACGAAAGACGAUGAAGAAGACAUUAAUGCGGUCAGGCUCUCUCAGAAGAGUCAAGAUCAGAAUAGACUACUUCCAGCUCCUGUUUCCAAAGAGACACUGCCUAAGAAAAAGAAAAGAGACAAAGCGAGUGACUUGGUAGAAGAAUAUUUUGAAGCCCAUAGUAGUUCAAAAGUCUUAACAUCUGAUCGAACGCUGCAGAGGCUGAGGAGAGCCAGAGUGGAUCAGAAAACUCUGCAUAACUUACUGAGAAAAUUUGUGCCUUCCUUUUCUGCUGAAAUUGAACAAUUGAAUCAACAGCAUGAGAAACUAUUUCAUAAAUGGAUGCUUCAGUUACACCUUGGGUUCAACAUUGUGCUUUAUGGUUUGGGGUCCAAGAGAGAUUUACUAGAGAAGUUUCGAACCACCAUGCUUCAAGAUUCCAUUCAUGUUGUCAUCAACGGCUUCUUUCCUGGCGUCAGUGUGAAAUCGAUCCUGAACUCUAUAACUGAAGAUGUCCUCAGUCAUAUGGGUACUUUCCAAAGUGUUCUGGAUCAGCGGGACUGGAUAAUAGACAGAUUUAAAGAAGAUUCUUCUUUAGAACUCUUCCUUCUUAUCCACAAUUUGGAUAGCCAGAUGUUAAGAGGAGACAAUAGUCAGCAAAUUCUUGGACAGUUGUCAUCAUUACAUAACGUGUAUCUCAUAGCAUCUAUUGACCACCUCAAUGCUCCUCUCAUGUGGGAUCAUGCAAAGCAGAGUCUUUAUAAUUGGCUUUGGUAUGAAACUACUACAUAUAGUCCUUAUACUGAAGAGACGUCCUAUGAGAACUCCCUUCUGGUUAAGCAGUCUGGAUCCCUGCCACUUAGCUCUCUGAUUCAUGUCUUACGAAGCCUGACCCCCAAUGCAAGGGGGAUUUUCAGGCUACUUAUGAAGUUCCAGCUGGAUAACCAGGACAGCCCUUCCUACAUCGGACUUUCUUUUCAAGAUUUUUACCAGCAGUGUAGGGAAGCAUUUCUUGUUAACAGUGAUCUCACACUCCGAGCCCAGUUAACUGAAUUUAGGGACCACAAACUUAUAAGAACAAAGAAGGGAACUGAUGGUGUAGAAUAUUUAUUAAUUCCUGUUGACAGCGGAAUAUUGGCUGAUUUCUUGGAGAAGGAAGAGGAGGAGGCAUAGGCUGUCUCCUACCCUUGAACUUUAUGUGGAAGAUUCACUGUGCCCCAGCUGCUGCUGCUCUACCAAGAAUGCUGGUUUACAUCCAACAUUAGGUUAUUCUUUCCAGCAUACAAGAUGUUCUAUGGAAGAGGCAUAUCAUCAAUUUCAACUUUGAUUAGCCUGGCUGGUGUACUGUCUCUAAUACUAUGCAGUGGUUGUUGAGUUGGAAAAAGUGCCUUUAAUUUAUUGCCUCUCUGGAGACUUCUUGCUGGUUGUACAGUGUGCUCAGGGAUUAUUUGGAACUGGAUGUUUUUGGAUUAUUUUAUACUGAAUGCUAUCCCUAAUUUUGAGGGCAACUUAACACUCCAGAGCUGAAUCACUACAAGUGCGCUUGCUUCAGAUGGUCAGGGUACAAAGUUCAGAGUAGAGUUCUUACAGAACUGGUGAGGAAGAGGUGGUCCUGCUUCUCCUGAGAUGAUGAUAGAAGGUGUCAGUGGAGUGAGAUGACCCAGCGGUCUCCUUGUGGACUUAGGCCACACAUGCUAAAUAAGGACAGCCAGCACUGUUCAAAUGAGAUCACGGGAGAAGUACAAGGGAUGUGUGCGUGUGUGGGGCAUGUGUCCAAUCUAGAAAGCAUAUUUAAAAUAGUUGGUAUCAGUACCAGGACCUUGAUUUUUAUAAUACAAAUGAGAAGCCAGGCUAAGAAAUAAAAUCCUGAUUUACAUUUUAUUGUUUUCAGGACAGUAGAAAAUAAAAACAUUUCAUCGUUCUUGUACAUUGACAUUUCUUUAUUUUCUUAAAUAGCUCACAGGAAUAGGUAGCACACACCUUUAAUCCCAGCACUCAGGAGUCAGAGGCAGACAGAUUGCUUCUCUCCUUUAAAGCACAAGCCAUGAGCUCACAUUUGUAAUACCAACAUCAAGAAGGCAGAGGCAGGAGGAAAACAGGAGUUCAAGACCUAGACUAGUUAGUGAGUUCUAGACCAGUCUAAGCUGCGGUGAUGUCCUGUUCCAAAAAAACAAGCAUUCAAUAAAUAAACACACAUUGGUUACAUGCAACCUGCUGCUCUGCACUUUGCUUGUGUGGAGUGUGGUAUGUGAGCGUGGGUGUCUGUGCAGCAGCUGAGUAAGAUGUCUUCUACCACCUUCUGCCUCAUUUCCCUGAGACAAGGCCUCUUGGCUGAACCAGAGCUCCUUGUAGGCCAGAUGGGCUGCCAGUGAGCCUGCCUUCACACCAGUACUGGUGUGACAGGCACAGCCAUGCCCAGCUUUUUAUGUGAGUGCUGGGAUCCAAACUCAGGUACUUCUUACCCACUGAGACAUCCCCCCGAUUCCAUGUAUUUUUACAUUUUUGCUUAAUUUCUCUAGUCUAACUCCUACAGUAUAAAUAAACAUCUGAUUAUAGAAUGUGACAUCUCUGCAGUUGCCUUUAUAGUUUGUUAAUAGAUGUCACUCUUAAUAAAUUAAAGUGCAGUUUGCAGAGUC